GUUCCGGGUCAGCGCCCCGCAGGCGCGGGGGAGGCCGGGGGAGGCCGUGAGGCGCGGAGGGCCGCGGGCGAGCGCGUCCCGGAGGUCCUCAGGGUGGAAGCGUCCUUCCCCGCGGCCCCCGUGACUCCAGCAGCAUCUGCUGACCCAAGCAGCGUGGGCAGCCUGUCACGUUAGCUCCGAGCGCCCGCCAAUCCGGGCCUCAAGAGUAAAGAAGGUGAAUUAAUCCAGGGAACAGAUUUAAUAGACAGAGAAUGUCAGGAGACAAAGAAAGGAAGAAUGAAGGCAUUCCUAAAGAAGCUAUGGGCAAAGAAGACACAUCUUCAUUAACUAAUGCUGUAGAGCAAGUUGCCAAACAACAACAAUCACAAACAUCAGAAAUAGAAAAGCAUAAAAAACUUUUGUUCCAUUUGCAGAUUGAACUUCAUGAUCUUGAAAAGCAAAUAGCAGCUAUUGCUGAAGAAGCUAAAGAAACAGAGAGGAAAAUGCAUCAGCAAGAUGCUGUUAUGGAGAAUUCUAAACUUCAGUGUGGACUCUUGGAAGCUCAAAUUGAGUCCUUAUAUUCAGAAAGUAUAAAGCUUAAAUUUGAUACAGAAACAGCCCAAGAAAAUUUUGAGGAACAAAUGAUAAAAUAUAAUGCAUAUUAUGCAAAGAUAAAAGCUCAUAAAGAUAGUUUAGGAGAGAUAAAAGGCCAGGGUUCACUUAUGACUGAACUCUAUGAAAAACAAGAUCUCAUCCAAAACCUAAAGACAAUGAAAGAAGAUCUUACAGAAAAUCCCCAAAAUUCACAAGGGAACUAUACAAUACAAAUACAGGAAGACAUUGCAGAGCUAAAGAAUAAAAUUAUGACAGCAAAGGAUUCAAUUAUCAAGAAAACACAUUUUCUUGAAGAAGAGAAAAAGACACAUGAAAAAUUAAGAAAAGAUAUAGAGGUGCAACAUAAGAGAUAUGAUGCAAUUCUUAAGCGUUUGCAUUGUCAGGUGGACAAGAUUCAGCUAAAUAGGAGAAAAUGGCAACAGAACAUUGAACAACUGAAAAAAACUGCAGCUGAGUUAAAAAAGCGCAUUGGAGUGAAGGAAGCCAGCAAAAUACUGAACAAGCCAACAGCAUUGUGGGAAAGAACCCUGUAAAGCUCUUUUGGACUCUUCACAGCCAGUGCCAGUAUCAGGGGCCUGUCUCAAGGACAGAUAUUUUCUUUUUCUUUCCUUCUUCAUUUUUUUUUGUUUGUUUUGAAUCAGGUAUCUGUUGGUUCAAGUGCCUCCCUAUCUGUGUUGCAUAGCACUAGGUAGACAAUACCAGUGCCUCAAGGAAGCUAUCAAAAGAAUGUGUGUGCAUAUGCAGUCCUGAAUGCCUGCUGCUAACAAUGGGGAAGUCAAAUUUUUACCCUACAAAGUACAAAUUUAGAAGAAACAGUUGUAUUUUCUUUUUUUUUUAUUUUUAUCAGUUACAUUUUAUUAACUCUGUAUCCCAGCCGUGUCCCGAUCCCUCAUUCCCUCCCAGUCCCUCCCUCCCUCCCUCAUCUCCACCGUGCCCCUUUCCAAGUCCACUAAUAGGGGGGACCUCCUCCCCAUUCAUAACAGUUGUAUUUUCAAUGACUUAAAUUGUUGAGAUAUUUAAAGAAACUUUUUAUUAGUUCUUUUUAUAUAACUGUCUUUGCAAUAGCCCUUGAAUAUUAAUAUUCGUGAUAAAUAAUGCCAUUAUAUGUUUAAUGCAUCAACUAUUUUAUUGUUUCCUCUUUUCUCCAGGAGAUAGUCAUCAUUUUCCUUUGGUAUUAAAUAACAUAUUUUAGAGUGUUGCAGUACAUAAGAUUGGUGUUUACUCUUCAGCCUAUAAAUUCUUUAUUCCUAUAUUGUGACUAAAAUAAAGUUGUAGCAUCAUAUAAGAUAAGCAUACAAUAAAGCUCUUUAAAGAGGUA